AUGCUUGAUUUUGGUGCAAAUAAGCUUAUUGGGUCAAUUCCGAACCAACUCAAUUCGUUGUUGAAUUUAACUCAUUUUUGGGUUGAUGAAAACAAUCUCACCGGUACAAUUCCGAAUUGGAUAGGAAACUUUUCUUUCAUGUAUGCCCUCUCUCUUUCUGACAACAAUUUUGAAGGAAGCAUACCAAAUGCAUUCGGGCUGUUGACAAGCUUGGGAAGAUUCGUAAUUCCAUCAAACAAACUUUCUGGUACGGUUCCUUCUUCAGUCUAUAAUAUAUCGUCGUUAUACUAUAUAACAUUUACUCAGAACCAGCUGCAGGGAGAGCUCCCACAAAAUGUGGGGACUACUCUUCCUAAUCUUGAGAAAUUUUCUGGUGGUGUCAACAAAUUCACCAGAAGUAUUCUUGUUUCAUUGUCAAAUGCUUCUAAACUUCGAAUUCUUGAUUUUGCCGAAAGUGGCCUCACGGGGAAACUCCCUGCUGAAAAUUUUGGGAGUCUGAGAAGCUUGUUUAAACUAAACUUUGAUGACAAUAGGCUGGGAAAUGGGAAAACAGGUGACCUGAAUUCACUCAGCUUCUUGGCUAAUUGCACUAAUCUUGAGGUUUUAGGUUUUAGUCGUAAAUGUUUUGGAGGGGAAUUGCCAGAGUCCAUAGCCAGUCUUUCGACGAAACUGAUAAUUUUUACAAUGGGGGGAAAUUUAAUACGUGGAAGCAUCCCUAUCGGCAUUGCAAAUCUUGUAAACUUGACCAAUCUAGGAAUGGAACAAAACUAUCUUGGUGGUAGUGUCCCUGAUGUGAUCGGUAAGCUUCAGAAGUUGCAGGGGCUGUAUUUAAAACUUGACCAAUUUUCUGGGACAAUCCCAUCGACGCUACGCAACUUGACUUCAGUCACAAGGCUCUUCAUGGAGGGGAAUAAGUUUGAGGGAAGCAGACCUCUGAGUCUCGGGAAUUGCCAAAACUUAAUGCUGCUUAACCUUUCUAUGGGCGAGUUGGUUCAUCUCUCGGAGCUAGAUGUAUCAGGAAACAAGUUAUCAGGUGAAAUCUCCAUAACCCUUGGCAGUUGUGCUAGUUUGGAUUGGAAAUUAGAUGUCUCUUAUUCUGAACUUCUUGCAUCAACUAAUGGGUUCUCUGUGGAUAAUUUGAUUGGUUUGGGAAGUUUUGGUUCUGUUUACAAAGGAGUGAUCCCGAGUGAUGGAACGAUAGUUGUUGUUAAGGUAUUAAACCUUCAACAACCAGGAGCUUUCAAGAGUUUUAUUGAUGAAUGCAAAGCUUUAAGAAGUAUAAGGCACCGUAAUAUUCUGAAGAUCGUAACUGCAUGCUCGAGCAUUGAUAAUCUGGAAAAUGACUUCAAAAGUCUAGUUUUCGAGUUCAAGGAAAAGGGAAGUUUAGAUUCAUGGUUGUAUCCAAGAGAUGACGAGCAAUCUCAGAUUAAGAGAUUAAGCCUUAUUCAAAGACAGAAUAUUGUCAUUGAUGUUGCUUCCGCAUUAGAUUAUCUCCACCACUACUAUGAAACUUCCAUUGUUCAUUGA